CCACAAUUUCCCAAAAUCCGCUCUCUACCUCAUACCCCGGAUUCGUCGACGCGUUCGCCUGCGAUCACGCCGCCAAUGCAUCAACCGCAGCAGCGUCAUCUGUCAACCUAUCCGGCACUUUUGGAGCCAACAUGCAGACGAAGAUUACCGAUGCCUCCAGACACACAUUUAAGAAGAAGCAGCUCGCCAAGGAUCCUUCCGACUCCGCCACCAUUAUCCCCCGAAUACAGGUGCCCAAGUGCGGCACCGCAUUUGGAACGAAGGCCGUCUGGGAGACAACUUCCGAGACCACCAACUGCUGAACUUAGUAAUCUCACAAGUCUUGCACAUAAUGGGCCUGGAAACUCUCAAUGUUCAUUAUCACCAGUAUCACUUACACCUGAUCCAACUCCAGAUGAGCCUGAAUUCUACGAAGAAGAAGAUGUCGAUGAGAGUGAAGUUGUUGAAGAAGACUAUGCUCAAGAAGAAGAAGAAGAAGGAGAUGAUGGAGAAGUCGUCGAAUAUGAAGAUCCUGUAGUGGUAACACCUCCAGAAGAAAUUCGAAGGAUAUCACCUGAAAUUCUCAUUGCACCACCACCCCAACCACGUCGAAUGUCAAAGUUUUCAGUCCAUUCACCGUCCAUUGAACAGAUCACCAGCAAAUCAAGCUCUGACACUGAAGAUCCAAUUGCUCAUGGACUUGAUCCUUCUCUUUAUUCUCCAAAUGCUCCAAUUAUCAUUGAAAAUAACAAUACAGCUAUUCACAAAACGAGUGUCGCUUCAAGUUCAAGCCCAACACCUCAACAACCUCGAGGUCUCGGUCUACUCCAUUGUUCACUGCUGUACUUUGCAGUUCGAAAGCGUUUACGCGUUACAGUCACAAAAAUUGAAGCAUUAGCCGGCGAACUGAAACCAGAAAUGGAGAUUCAUGCAUUGUGCAAGGUUAGCAUACCAGGAUUGAAAGGAGGAAAAGAACAGACGUCGGAGACAAAACGUGGAAGGGAUCCAUUGUUCAAUCAUGAAUUCUUCUUUGACAAUGUGACACACGAAGAGCUCGACACGAAGGUUGUGAUAAUUACAGCAUGUCACGCAGGAGGAGGAAUUAAGGGAAAAGAGAUUGUGAUAGGUGAAGCUUCUGUCCCACUUCGAGAUAUUCGUGAAAUGAAUACCAAAAAGGAGAUCAAGUUCAUCGAGGAGAUCAAAGGAUUGGUUCCCAAAAAACUUGGAAAAAUCUACACAUCAUCGAUAAUUGAGAAGGAUUCCAAAAGAUUAACCAUCAAUCUCAAAAAGGUCGACGCUCUACCGAAAUGUGGUUUAAUUGGUGCUCCUGACGUUUGCGUCAAAAUCACGUUGACUCAAGGAGCCAAGACACAGACAAAGUCGUCAAGAGUGAUAAAAAAUACAUGUUCUGCUGUUUACAAUGAAGCUGUCAUGUUCCUCUGUGGAACAUCAAAGAAUGAUCUGGCACAAACUUCAAUUGUGAUUUCGGUACAUGAUGCUCAAAGAACUUGCACCGGAGAUGACACCAUCGGAUGCGCCUAUCUGGGUAUUGGAGCUGUUGAUAAAUCAGAAAUUGAUCAAUGGAAAGGAACAACAGAGCAUCUUGGAAAAGAGUAUAAGGGAAACCAUACACUAAAAGCUCCAAUAACGGCUCCCCCUGUUCAUGUUGCAGAAGCAAAUGAUGAUGUUGCAGCGGAUGAUGAUGAUUAAAAGAGCACUAAUCGAAUCUAGCGACUUUUCAAAUUUCCUUCCACACUCUGUAAUUACCUUGUAAUCCUCCUAUCUUCUCAUUUCUCAAAACUUUGUGAUCCAAUUAGCCCUCUUCCUAUCCUCUCCGAUCUCAGGAAGAUGGCACCCAUCGGAGAGAGUAACCCUGUCAUUUUAUAAAACGAUUCAUUUUUCCCAUGUAGCCAAUUAAAACGACGCGGCCAACCUUGGAAUUCAUCAACCAGUACUGUGCCAAAAAAAAAACAAAAGUACUAAAAAUGCAUUGAAUCUUUUUCUUAUCCCAAAAGUUUUCGAUCGAGGCCAAAAAAACUUAUCGAUUUCAUUGAUACUUGUGUGUGGCUUUCAUUUAUUUUUGUUUCAUAUCGAACUAACAUUUUCCCAAUUCAUUAUCAUCUAUGAACAUUUUGCGGUAA